CCUAGGACGGUCGGGCGGUGGAUAUUAGGCGCGGUUUCCUUCACUCGUGUUGCCGUGUGAGCCCAAGCUUUGGACCAUCAGUCCGCGAAAACUGUUAUCUUUCGCGCUGCUCAAAGGUUCUAUUUAGUCGCCAGCCUUCUCAUCUGAGCUGAAGGCAUACUAGAGGAAACAAAGGUGCAGCGUAGUUAGAGCCUGGAGAGCAAACUAUGGGUAUUUUAGACCAUGUUUCGGAACUCUGCUCGAUCCCCAAAUACAACCGAAAGCCCAAGAAAAGGCAGCAGUUUCAGACGGUGGAGAUGAAGAUGAGAAUAGACUGCGAAGGGUGCGAGAGGAAGGCGAAGAAAGCUCUGAAAGGAAUGAAAGGGAUUAGCACCGUGGAGAUAGAGCCGAAGCUGAACAAGGUGACGGUGACGGGGUACGUGGACGCGAAGAAGGUGAUACAGAGGUUGAGGUGGAAGACGGGGAAGCUGGUGGAGCCGUGGCCGUACGUGCCAUACGACGUGGUGGCCCACCCGUAUGCCCCCGGAGCGUACGACAAGAAGGCGCCUCCCGGGUACGUGCGCGACGUACUGGACGACCCCAAGCUCGCCCCACUCGCACGUGCCAGCUCCAUGGAGGAGCGCUACUCCAACGCCUUCAGCGAUGAGAACCCCAGCUCCUGUACCAUCAUGUGAUCGCCGCAUGCUUAAGUAGCUGCACAACUUUUUUUUUCUUUUCUUUUCCUUUCUCUUUUGUACAAAAGAAGGGAUCAGAGAUUAGGAAGGAAGUGGGUAUAAGCAGCGGUCUGAGGUUGAGUUGGGGGUGGUUAUAUUUGUGUUUUACUAUUUGCUAUCUGUUGUAAUCUGAAUCUAUUCCAUGUAUUUACUGCAAGGAAGAGACUAAAAUUGCCUGAUUUCUCAUUUAA